CAGCUACAGUCGCUGCUGCCACUGCCACUGCCGCCGUAUAUAAAUUGCCGUGUGCCUAGGAAAAUUGUAUCAUUUCAUCCUUACCCGUCAAAGCAGCAGCACGCCAGCUAGCAGAGUUGUGUGGCACGCCCCAAAACCCAAAAAGUUUCAAUUUCAAAGAGAAAGUGCGUUCGUGCGGUAGCCAAACCCGAUUAAGUGCACAGCCCUCGAAGGACUAUAAACAACAACAACAAAACGAACCCAAGUGCAAAAAAAAAGCCGAAAAAGAACAAAAUGGCAAACAAUAAAGUUAUAUUCGGUGUCUUGUGUUUGGUCACACUGGCCGCGGCCCUUCCGGCCGAGGAGACGCGCGGCCAUGCCCGCAACGCAAUCGGCGGCGAGAACGACAUUAUGGAUAGCAUCUACAGCGACUGCCUGAGGAAGGAUUCGGUGUCGUGCGUCAAGUACAAGCUGUUCAACUUCGUGGACAAGGUGCUCGGUGCCCGCGACCAGUUCGCUCUCACCGAAGGUGUGACCGUUGUGCGCUCCCCUGAUGCCCCAGCGCAGGAGGCUGCUCGCUCCAUCUCCGGAGACGAGUCGUUCGAGUCUUUGGCCCUCAACCGUAUCAGCAGCUUCCUCAACUCGCACACCAUUAAGGUUGAGCUGAAGGGCGCCGACAUUGUCCAGGCCGUCAGCUCUACCGGACGCGCCCUCGAGGAUGCCUCCGAGUCCCUGUUCGGCAGCAACGACCCCAACGCUCCCGAAGAGAGCCGUGGCAAGAAGAAGAAGGCCGCCAAGAUCCUUGGCCCCAUUCUGGCUCUGGUUGCCCUGAAGGCCGCCGCUCUGCUUCCCCUUCUCCUUGGUGCCAUCGCUCUGAUCGCCGGCAAGGCCCUGCUCAUCGGUAAGAUCGCUCUGGUUCUCUCCGCCGUGAUCGGCCUGAAGAAGCUGCUCUCCCAGGAGAAGCACGUCACCUACGAGGUCGUCGCCCAUCCCCAUCACAGCAGCAGCCACUCGGCCAGCCACGACUCCUACGGCAGCGGCUACAGCGCCGAUGCGGGCGCCUCCUCUGCCUCGUACGGCAGCAGCGGUCACGGUGGCUGGGGACGCUCCAUCGAUGCCCAGGAUCUGGCCUACGGUGCCCAGAAGCCCCAGGCUUAAGUUGGACAGACAGUCAGCGACAUCAGCGAGAACCUGAACAAUCUGAAGCAACCACAAUCAACAACCACAUUCACAAGAAGAACAUCACAAACGACUUGAGCCACAGCGCUCGUAAGAGACUCUUGAAGAGGAGAAACAUAUUAUUUAUCGUUCGUUUUAAUUAAUUUAUUAAUUUAAUUUAUUUUAUUUAUUUCUCCACGCAAACACGAAGAAAGCAAAAGCAAAGAAUGAAAAACGCACAAAAAACGCAAGCAAAAUCAAUUUAAGCAGAUAAAAUGAAACAGAAAUAUGUAAAAACAAAGACAAAGCGACAUCGUUGCAAAAAGAGAAGAAGAAUCAGAAGCAGUAGAAGAAGCAGAAGCUAAACCAGAGCCACGUUAGGUUUGUAAUGCCGAGUGUUACAUGUGCAUCUAGUUGUUAUGUAUAUCCCCAUGAUAGCUGAUAAAGCUAACGAUAAGAUUGUAAAAAAGAAGUCGGUCGGUACCUUAUGCAACAAAAACACAUCUCUAAUACUCAUAAGCCCAGCGGCGUCCAGCCUUAAGUCUAAGCUUGCACCAGCACCCAGCUUACAUUCUCUCAUUCUCUCUCCAUCAUCAGCGCCCUGGAAGGACCUCAGACAGGUUGACAAUCGAACUGUAACUCUUUUUAACUCUGUUUCACUCCAGCGCACUUUCACUCUCACUAUCACUCUCAUCUGACUUACUUUCUAUCACUUUCUGACUAUCACUGUCUUUGUUUCUAUCUCUAUCUCUAUUUCUAUUUCUGUAUCUGUAUCUGUAACUGUCUCUGUCAAACUCUGUCUUUCAGACUAUCACUGUCUAUCACUGCCUAUACCAAAACAAACGUACAAAUCUGAAAACUAUACUUAACUCUAUAUGUACUUUUCUAACCUGUACCUGUACCUGUGCCUGUACCCGUACUGCUACUUGCUCGACUAUCAACUACUCUUCACAUGCAAUUCUAGUCUUAAAAUACAACAAAAUCAGCAUCAAUGAAACAACAAUGCCUACCUACUAUUAGCUUUAACUCUAUCAACUAUCAACUAGCUCUAACUUUAUCCACUAUCACUCCACCUGUUCUUUCUUCUCCGCCUCCAACGCUGUCCAUCUCUUUCUCUCUCUCUUUCUUCUGGCUUUCCGUCUAGAUCUUGAGUCAUAGUUUUGGUCAUUUGCAUGCCAUAACUUGCCAUAGGUUUCCACACACACACACACACGUACCACACCGAACUGAACUCAUUUUCCAACUCUGCUCAACUCUAUAGUAUUUCUUCACUCCAUCUCAAAACUCCAAUUCCACUUUAACUCUUCAACUUUCUCAUUUCUCUGUGCACCUUCAUCUCGCUAUCUCAGUCUGUCUCUCUCUUUGUGCCUAUGCAUCUGUCACUUUCUGGCGCUCUACUUUCCAAAAACAACAAAAAAACGCACGCACAUACUCGUACGAACACCUGUUUUCUGUAACCAUAGUUCACUGUAAUGUUACAAAUAUUAACUUUUUUUUAAAUAUUUUAACUCCUCAAUCGUACACCUGUACUACUACAUCCAUCAGCGACUUGAGCCCUUGCCGAGCCUGUGUGUUUGCGCCGGGCUUUCCUACAUUGUGGCCUUAAACAUAUUUUUAAUCCGCUUAAAAAUACUCUGUUUAAAACAUUUGGAAAGCUCUCUAGCCGCAGGCCGCAAGCCUCGAGUCGCCAGCAUGUCGGCUACUUUAAUUUAAAUAUUUGAGCAAAGUCGUACGGCACUUUCACAACUAUAGCUUCCAACAGUAGAAGAAGAAGAAGGAGAAGAAGCGCAGAGCAGAAGCUGCAGAUGUGGGCAACACCCAACUCACACAAAAUCACACAAAUCACGCAC